AUGGCUAAUAACGAAACUAAAACGACACGUAUUGUUUGUAUUAGUGAUACGCACUCACGGUAUGGCUUUCCACUCCCAGCUGGUGAUAUUCUUGUUCAUGCAGGUGAUUUUUCGAUGUCAGGCGAGCAAUGUGAAAUCGAAAAUUUCAUAACUUGUCUUAAAUCUCUUACUCAAUAUCGAUUGAAAGUAUUCAUUGCGGGUAAUCAUGAUUUAACUUUGCAACCAGCAUUUUACGAGAAAAAUUGGGAACGAUGGCAUCGCGGUCGAAAACAAAAUUGGGAACUUAUUGGACGCCUUAUACGUGAACCAUCGUUAGCAACCAAUUUUGGAAUUAUCUAUUUGGAAGAACAACAAUUUAUCGAUAAUGUUACUGGUCUAAAAUUUUACGGCAGUCCCUAUCAACCAGAAUAUAAUAAUUGGGCCUUUAAUUUACCAAUCAACAGUAUCGAAAUUAAGCAGGUCUGGUCUCGGAUUCCAAGUGAUGUUGAUGUUCUUCUUACACAUGGUCCACCUACAAAUAUUCUUGAUGAAAAUACUGCAGGCAUACAUGUUGGAUGUGCUCAGUUACUUGCACGUAUCAUUGCCAUUAAACCUCGUUUACAUGUCUGCGGUCAUGUUCACGAAGCAUACGGACGAAUAGACCAAGGUUCAACUAUAUUUGUAAAUGCAUCGACCUGUAAUCAUAACUAUCAACCUAUGCAGGCACUAAUCGUGGUCGAUUUGAAAUCGAAGAGUGCACAAUGAAAAGAUUUUUUUCUUGAAUUUGCUGAAUAAAUUAGAUAUUUCGGAUACGCUUGAUAGUAAUUGAAAACUUACCACUCAUCACUUUCAAUCUAACUGAUAAAAUAUCGAAUGGCAGUCUGUUGCUGAUGAUCUGCGUUCAAAAUUGAUUUGAUUCUAGUUUCCAAUAAACAUCAUCAUGACUAGUCACCAAUGCAGUCGGAGUGUCAGUGUUAUGGGUAUGGACGAAGAACAAGGUUCGCACCAGUACCUAGAUUCACGCUUCAAGGCAUCAUAUCGACAAUAACACGAUACUUUUAUACUCAACGAUACUGCCAUAAAUGAAAAAAUUGUAAACGGCAAAUAAUUCGACUCAAUUACAAAAUAUUCAAAACGUUCAAUAUGAUCAAAUGAUAUCCUUCACUCAGCAAGAUGGAUAACUCGCCUGAUAAUAGAAGUAUUCGUGAUUGAUAAGUGUUCUUGUCUACUACUUUUGACAGUGGCUAAAGAAAAUGCAAACAUUCUAUAAUUUAAAUCAGUUAUAUGUUGAAGAAGAAAAAAAAUGGUACAAAAACCGAGACUAAAAUACUACUUUAGUGGAUUUACUACGGUAGCAUACUUACAAAUCAUUGAUUUCAAAUUGACGCCUGAAUUUUUCCAUCAAUGACAAGAUGGUUUCGUUCAGGCUUGAUCUCUAAGUAGUUAGAACAGUAUCUAUGUCUGCUUGGAAAUCACAUUCAUUCAUACAGAUACGAGUAGUCGAUUUUGCAAAUACUAGCCAUUGUCACGGAUGUUAGGUUGACUCCAUCACCAAUGAUGUUUUUGAGGGCCAACCGGCACACAUCUUGUUCGACGGGGUGAGCAUGGUGAAUUGAGCUCAUUAGUACUAUUGGGAGCACAAGUUUGUUUGACAUAAGUUGCAAGAGUAAAAUUUCGACCAAACCUCAUUGAAACUUCUCGACAAACACAGGC